GUCGGGGGGGAAAGUGUCGUGGCCUGCCCCGCCCUGUGUGAACACACUGACUCGACGCUAUCAGCCUCCCUGUGUGCCACGGAGGGAGCUCUCACUGUGAAAAGUACAGCCAGCCUCUCAUCAACAUCUCCAGGUCAGGAGCAAAAGUCCAAUGGUCAGCACCGCCCGCCUGCCUUCCUGCCUGGCCUUUGAAUGUUUGCAUCGCUACUCCUGCUCAGAGCACCCACACUGCAUGAGGGCUUGACCGGGUUUAAAGCAGAUCCGCAUUGAUUUAGAAAAGUUAGGCCGGUGAAUCGCAGUCAUGUCUGGACAAAAUAGAUUCGUGAGCCCGUUUCACAGACCCAAGUGUUUGGCCGCUGCAGCUCCGGCGGGGAAAGCCAAACUCACGCACCCUGGCAAGGCUAUUCUGGCAGGUGGGAUAGCAGGAGGCAUAGAGAUCUGCAUCACCUUCCCCACAGAGUACGUUAAAACGCAGCUGCAGCUUGACGAAAGGGCAAAUCCUCCCAAAUACAAAAGCAUCGGUGACUGUGUGAAGCAGACGGUGAACAGUCAUGGGGUGAGGGGUCUUUACAGAGGUCUAAGCUCACUGCUGUAUGGCUCUAUACCUAAAGCAGCUGUCAGGUUUGGGAUGUUUGAGUUCCUCAGUAAUAAGAUGCGCGAUGAAAAUGGUAAACUAGACAGCAAGCGAGGAUUCCUCUGUGGCCUGGGGGCUGGAGUGGCAGAAGCUGUGUUUGUAGUCUGUCCCAUGGAGACAGUUAAGGUCAAAUUCAUCCAUGAUCAGACAUCAGCAAAGCCAAAGUACAAGGGCUUUUUCCACGGGGUGAGGGAGAUUGUUAGAACUGAAG